ACGUCGGCGGGGUCGGAAGUUAACGGCGAGCAGACAGACGGUGAUGAUGGAGCUCUGUCUGGGCGACAGCGCUCACUAUGACGCGAACUGACACUGACCGGCCGCGUUGUGCACACUCCGCUCGGUUGACACGCGAUGUGACAGCGGUCUCGAGUCAGAUAUGACUCGGGAUGCGUUAGCUUAGCCCUCAUCCAUCCCUGCUAUAGAGAGAGAGAGAGAGAGAGAGAGAGAGAGAGAGAGAGAGAGAGCUCCAGCAGCAGCAGCAGCAGCAGCAGCAGAUCAGCUGAUCAGCUGCAGCACCACACAGAGAGCCCGGCGAGGAGAAGAUGAUGAGGCCUUAAAUGUCAGCUCGGCGACGGUGUGUUCAAGCAUCAAAUACAGACGUCUCAUUGAUGGUCGCUGCUGAUCUUCCGCAGACAUGGCGUCGCAGCUCCAGGUGUUCUCCUCUCCGUCUGUGUCCUCCAGUGCCUACUCUCGCUCAAAGAGGCUCAAAGUGGAGAACCCGGCCUGGGAUGUGUCCAACCAGCUGGGAGACAAUGGCUACUACCAGCAGAGCCCCACCCAGGGAACUGCACCCUCCACUUCUGGCUCCAACUUCAACCCGGUGUACAACUCCAACCAGGCGCACCCGCCGACAGCCGGCUCCCGGGAGCAGACGGUGGUGCGGGCGGCGGACAGCACAGGUAGCCUUCGUGGGCCUCCCUCCUCCUCUUCCUCCUCCUCCUCCUCCAGCCGCCGUGUCAAGGAUGCCGAGUCCUCCUCCCAGCCGUGCGACCUCUACCACAAGCAGUACAGCUUGAAGCGGAAGAGCGAGGAGGUAGACAGCAGCGACAGCGUCCAGAUACUGGAGGAGCUCUCGGCCCCCGUGGUCUCAAACCGCACCGGUGGUGGAGGGGGGACCACCACGGCUCAGUCCAUAGCACAUUCCACUUCUACCACGAAGAGCAGCAACUCCCACAGCGAGGGCGACUACCAGCUGGUCCAGCACGAGAUUCUGUGCUCGAUGUCCAACAGCUACGAGGUGCUCGAGUUCCUGGGACGCGGCACCUUCGGCCAGGUGGCGAAAUGCUGGAAGCGGGGCACAAACGAGAUAGUGGCAAUCAAAAUCCUGAAGAAUCAUCCCUCUUAUGCUCGACAAGGUCAAAUUGAAGUGAGCAUCCUUAGCAGGCUGAGCACAGAGAACGCAGACGAGUUCAACUUCGUCCGCUCAUACGAGUGUUUCCAGCACAAGAACCACACGUGCCUUGUGUUUGAGAUGCUGGAGCAGAACCUUUACGACUUCCUGAAGCACAGCAAGUUCAGCCCCCUGCUGCUCAAGUGCAUACGGCCUAUUCUGCAGCAGGUCGCCACCGCACUGAUGAAGCUGAAGAGCCUGGGGCUGAUCCACGCCGACCUGAAGCCUGAAAACAUUAUGCUAGUGGACCCUCUGAGGCAGCCGUACAGAGUGAAGGUCAUUGAUUUCGGCUCUGCCAGCCACGUGUCCAAAGCGGUUUGCUCUACCUACCUGCAGUCACGAUACUACAGAGCUCCGGAGAUCAUUCUGGGCCUUCCUUUCUGCGAAGCGAUCGACAUGUGGUCUUUGGGCUGUGUCAUUGCUGAGCUGUUCUUGGGAUGGCCCCUUUAUCCUGGUGCCUCAGAGUAUGAUCAGAUUCGUUACAUUUCCCAGACCCAGGGCCUUCCAGCAGAGUACCUGCUGAGUGCGGGAACCAAGACCAGCCGCUUCUUCAACAGAGGUCCUGACUCGAGCUACCCCCUCUGGAGACUCAAAACACCCGCAGAGCACGAGGCAGAGAUGGGCAUCAAGUCCAAGGAGGCGAGGAAAUACAUCUUCAACUGUCUAGACGAUAUGAUGCAGGUUGACAAACACCGACCUCCUGUCCCUCUGCAGGUGAACAUGACAAACCUGGAUGGGACCGACAUCCUGGCAGAGAAGGCCGACAGGCGGGAGUUCAUCGACCUGCUGAAGAAGAUGCUGACGCUGGACGCAGACAAACGGAUCACGCCCAUGAAGACACUGAACCACCCCUUCGUUACCAUGACACACCUGCUGCACUUCCCUCACAGCUCACAUGUGAAGUCCUGCUUCCAAAAUAUGGAUAUAUGCAAACGCAGAUGCAGCGCCUUUGAGAACGGAAAAAACAUGUUUGCUAGCAACAAUACCCCAAGUGCAGCCACCAACCUCACUGUCACCUUCAGUAGCCAACUAAACCAGCACAAUCAGAUGGCCUCUACAGGAGGCCAGUCCCUGUCCCUCAGCAGUAACGUCCCGUUGCUGAACUACCAGCCUGGCCUCUACCAGCAGGCCACCAUAAACAUCCCUGGUCUAACCCAGCAGGGCGUGCCUCUGCAGACCAGACCCACCCAGCUCUGCACCCAGACUGAACCCUUCCAACAAACACUCAUUGUUUGCCCGCCCACCAUCCAGGGUCUUCAAACAUCCAAUAAGCCCUCUGGUUAUCCAGUGAGGAUGGACAACUCAGUACCCUUAGUUCCUCAGAACCAGUCAUCCCAGUCUCUCCACAUCCAGCCCGGCAUGCUGGCACAGGCCUCCCUCGACCCCCUGCUGGUCAGCAGCCUGUACGCCUCAGUGGCGGGAAUGCCGCGUUUAGACUCAGUCCGGCUGCCAGUUGGCUGCGGGCGUGAAAGCCUCAGCGGCUUACUGGAUCAGAACGCUUCCAUGCUGCAGGGCUGGCCAGCAGGCACACAGCAGAUCCUCAUUCCUUCCACAUGGCAGCAGAUGCCAGGGAUGGCCAUCCAUAACCCUGGGCAGGCUGUAGUGCCCGACUCACCCAUGGGAGCCCCUAUCUCCGACAGUCAACAGGCUUCUGGCUGGAGGGGUCGUCAUGGAAGCCAGUACGAUGGCGUCAGCCAGCAGGACUCUGGUGUUGGCCGUCACGCUGCCUCCCAAAGCCACAACUCAGGGGCCGCUCACUCAAGAUCCCAACAGGGCAAAAGGUCAAAGGCUCGACAUGCAGAGAGCAGAGCCAGGCCUGUGUCGUCAGUGCAUCCGGCCACCACUGUGGUCCACAACACCUCUGCUUUUGCUGGCGAUCAGUCUCAGCCCAUCGUCAUCUCUGACACACCCAGUCCUGCUGUCAGCAUCAUCACCAUCCACAGCGACUCAGAAGACGAGGAUGACAGGAAGUUCCCCGCUGCCUGUUCUGGAACAAGCCAGAGGACCAACGUGAUCAGCUGUGUGACGGUACACGACUCCCACGACUCCGACUCCUCCACCAGCAGCCCCCUGAGCCCCAAGACCACCUCCCAGCCCACCAAGUCUCUGGCCAUCAUCAUGCCAUCUGUGAAGAGCCAGCCAGGAGAGAGCACAACCCACAAAGCUCCAGCAGCUCCAGAUCAAGCUACAAGUGGCUCUGGAAAGUCCAAGAAGGGGUCAACUCAACAGUCUAGUCGGCCAGGAGAUUCCAACACCGAUCGCCAUCAACGGGCUGCAUCCAGCAGAUCUCAGCCUCUUAACCUGAGUCAGGUACAGCAGUCUGUGAUGUCGUCAUCCCUCGACCAAACAGGAAGCAGCGGUUCCCUGAGGCGGCAGCCGACGUACCCCCCUCCCGUCUCCUCCCACUCAUCCUACAACACCCUCUUCAGCUCGACCCCAAACCUGUACGCCUACCCCGCGUCCGCCGCCCUGGCCUCCGUGUCACAAGCCGUGGACCAGAUGCAAGGCGGCUCGUCCCGUAACAGCAGGGCGAGCGGAGCGUACUCCUCCCUGGCACUGCUCCAGAAGAACGGCAGCCUGGCCCUGGGAGGAUCUGCUGCGGGACAGUAUGGCGGCGGCGGCGGCGGCAACAACAACAACAACAACCAACCGCAGCAGCAGCAGCAGCAGCAGCAGCAGCAGCAGCUGGGAGGGCAGCCUUUCCACCACGCCAGUGCUACUUACCAGCGAAAACUCAACCAGUAUCCCUACCUGUAAAAGACUGACGGCUGAUUGAGACAGAAGCAUGAAGACCAAAUGGAGACCGAGACUAGAGAGGAGCACAAGCUCAUCACGGGCGACUGUGACUUGUUUUCAACUCGACUUUUACACUUUCUUUUACUGUCCAGUCCUUAUUUUCGCUGAUUGUUUUUGGAUAAAAUAAUCACGGAAUGUAUUUAUAUUUUAAUCAUGGUCAGUUCCUUUUUUUUUUUUAAAUCUGUUCCAGAGUUUCUUUGAGUUGCAUAGAGCAUGUUAACAGCGAGCAGUCUGUAAGUAUCUGAACAGUGACACAUUUCUUGUUGUUCUGUACUCCGGUACACCGCUUAAACUUUCAACUUUAAUUCAAAAGCAUUUAAAUGUACAAAAAAAAAAAGUACGAAUUGUAGCCCUUUUUAUAUAAACAGUCCCCAAGUUCAGGGGGACAAACUUAAAGUUGAGAACUCUACUUACAGACUGCAACGUUAAAUUGAUUUCUCUCAUGUUAAGCCCCAAUUUUUUGUGUUUUAAAGAGAAACUGGAACUUGCUGCUCUCUACUACUAUUAUUAUAUUAUUAUUAUUAUUAUCAUCAUCAGAAUCAGAAUCAUCAAAUAAUUGUUUAAAAGGUUGCAUUUACAUACACACGAUCGCCUUACUCAUUUAGGCCAAUGUCUCUUAUUUUAAACUUUAAUAUGUCAGCACGUUGUGAUAAGUUAGAUGAAUAUGUUGUGUGUUUCAUUUAUGAAUGUAACUGUGUGUUUGUUAUCUGUAUUAUGAAAAAAAAAAAAGUAAGCUAUGUACUGUACUGUAUAAUGAUGUGUCACUGUGUUCUUCAAAUGUUUUCCAUUCUGUUUUAGUACUGGCCGCUGACUUGAUUAUAUUUAUGUGUUCAGUAUGUUGAACGAUGCAGUACGGUUCAGCGUAUAGAGUAUAGGGUGUGCUAUCUAGAGGAGAUUGUUUUUUUUUUUUUUUUUUUACAGUUUCUUAAGGUUGCAUGUGUCUUACAUGGAGUAGCAUUCAGGGCAGGUUCGUAAACUGCAGCUUCACCGAUUAGAAGGAUUAUCAGUGUUACGUUUGAUUUGUACGACGAACACAUCAACGAUAUUGGGAAAAUGUAAAAGCUCUUGUCCUGUGAAGUGAUGUUUGUGAAGUAAAAGCGUGCGCAUCAAAUCUGAUUGGGGUUUCACACAAUCAUGUAAAAGUCCAAGCCAUUUAGAUUGCAGCUGUAAAACUCACAGUAAUGCAUUUGAAUUGUGAAUAAUCAAAUCUGACAGAAGAUGAUUUAUAAAAAGAUACAAAUUGAUGUUCAGUAUGUAACCGCUUCUAAACAAAUCAUUGGUUUGGUGAAAUUAUGGUUGUCCUGCUGUGUUGUGAAGUGCUACAUUACAUAGAACACACAAUGAACCUUAACCCGUAUAUACGCAAUAAAAUCUUCUUAAAAACAGAA